AUGGACCAGCUGUGUGCUAGAGAUGGGGCACUGUGCAUGGUUCUUGGAGGCAGCGAGCUCCGCCAUGCUGGUCUGGGCCUGUGGCUUGGGCCAGGGGUCCAAAGCAGCGUGCGCCCGCGAACACCGAACGGCUCCGCGGCGCCUCUGGCUUGGGACAGGCGGGGGCAGGCGGGGCCAGGCGGAAGCGCGGCUGGGCGGGUGACUCGCGACCCGUCGCAGGCGGAAGUGGGACGGGGCGACAGAGAGCUGGCAGUCGAUUGGCUGUUUAGCGAUCGUAUGCUAAUUAUCGAGAGCGCCUCUGUCCCGCAGACUUGGAGAACUGUGGCAACUGAAAUGUCCUGUGGACUUGGCAGCGGGCGACGUUCAGCGGGGAACGUGUCCCCGUUUGUGCAAAUGCAGUGUGUCGGUAAUAGCAGCGGCCAAGGGCAGUGCGGCGAGCGGGUCGCUUUGCUCGCCAGGUCCGAGUUCCCAGUGUUGCACAUGGAAGUGAUUGUGCACUUACUGCUCCAGAUCGCCGAUGCCUUGAUCUACCUCCAUUCCCGAGGCUUUGUCCAUCGCUCCCUUAGCUCCUAUGCUGUCCACAUUGUCUCUGCAGGAGAAGCAAGACUGACCAACCUGGAAUACAUGAUGGAAAGCCAGGACAGUGGCACACACAGGGACGUGACGCGAGUGCCCCUCCCCACCCAGCUCUACAACUGGGCUGCUCCAGAAGUGAUCCUACAGAAGGCGGCCACUGUGAAGUCAGACAUCUACAGCUUUUCCAUGAUCAUACAAGAAAUUUUAACAGACAACAUACCCUGGAAUGGCUUGGAUGGCUCAGUUAUUAAAGAAACCAUAGCCUUGGGAAGUUAUUUAGAAGCUGAUGCCAGGCUUCCGGAACCUUACUAUGAUAUUGUUAAGUCUGGUAUCCACGCCAAGCAGAAAAAUCGAACAAUGAACCUACAAGAUAUUCGGUAUUUUCUGAAGAAUGACUUGAAGGAGUUUCUUGGAGCUCAGAAAACUCAGCCAACUGAGAGCCCCAGAAUGCAGAACUAUGAAGCCCAUCCUGAUGUUAACCCCCAUCUAGGACUAACUUCAGAAUAUCAAAAGGACAUCAAAGAGCUAAAGGAAAUGGGUAGUCAACCCCAUUCACCAGCAGAUCACUCUGUUCCCAUUGGAAAAAGAGUACUGACUCCUCCAGUCCUGGAUUCAAGUCUGUCAGUCCAGGAACCUGAGAAUCCAAAUGUUCCUUCUCCUCCUGCUUCGUGUUUGGCAGAAGAGGUCAGGAGCCCCACUGCAAGUCAGAGCAGCCUCUGCAGCUUUGAGAUCAAUGAAAUCUACUCAGGCUGCUUCAACUUGGGAACUGUCAAAGAGGAAGAGCACCCAGGGACUGCUUCAUCAUCUGAGGGGGAUAAGCCAGACAGGGUAGAUGAACUUCCAUCUCUGGAAGAAGAGCUGGAUAAGAUGGAGAGAGAAUUGCAUUGUUUUUGUGAGGAGGACGAGAGCUUUUCAGAAGUUGACACAGACCUUUCCUUUGGGGAUGGCGACUGGCAAAGUGAUCCCCUCAGUUCACUCAGCCUGACUGAACCAACCAGAGAAGACAAGAGCAAAACGAGCAGUUGGUCCAAAACUGAUGAGGUUGUCAGUAAGUGCGUGCUGAAUCUAAAGAUUUCGCAAGUAAUGAUGCAACAGAAUGCUGAGUGGCUGAGGAAGCUUGAGCAGGAAAUGGAUGAACUUGAGUUGGCACAGGAGGAGCUGGACAGACAGGGCAGGAGUUUGAGGGAUGCUGCAUUAAAGUUUGCAAAUGCCAAGUAUCCGUUAGCUGUGGGCCCUCCAUCUUUGACUUAUGUUCCUCCUGUUAUGCAAUUACCAGAGCUCAGAACUCCAGGAGGGGAGAGAGACUUCCAAGAAGGACAUUUUGUCAAAAAGCCUGAGCAACUAAUCUGUGGCUGGAAGCCUUUCACACAAGUUUCUGAAGAAAACAGAGAAGACCAGUCAGAGACAAACAAUCAGGUGCCGACUGUGCGUGGUCCUGGGAAGCAGAACACAGGUGAACAGUCACCAUCCACUGAGGAAGCCAAGGAGAGUUUGGAGAGAAAUAAAAACCAAAAUAGCAGGAGGAUCAGUAUGGAAUCUGCGUCUUCUGAAAUCUAUAAUAUAAAGUCAAGAAAUAAUGAAGAUGAUGGAGAGGCAGACUCAAAAUGGAAAAUGGCAGUAAAGGAAAUGGCAGAGAAAGCAGUUUCUGGACAGCUCCUAGUACCUCCUUGGAGUCCUCAGAGCAGUGUGCCUUUUGAGAGUAAGAUUGAAAAUGAGACCACUCAUUUGCCACGGCCCCCAGUCCGAGGUCCUGAGAGCACACACUGGCUGCACACUGUAGAAUAUCAAAGGGAAAAUGAUGAGCCCAAAGGAAGUGUAAAGUUUGGCACAGUGGACACCAGUGACUGUGACGGGAACAAGCACAGCAGACAGACAGGCCUCCGCCGCUUCCCCAGUAUUAUAAACCCAUUCUUCAGAAAACAUGAGCCGCCAGAGCAUAGUGAAGUCUCUCAAGCAAGUUGUGACACAACUGUGGGUACUGAGAAAUUUUACAGCACCUCAAUUCCCGUAGAAGAGGACUUUAAAAGAAUCCAAAAUUCUUUGGCUGAACCUGAAGGCUAUGUUGAAGAAAAGUUUCAAAUAAGAGAAUUCUUUGGAAAGAAUGCUGACAGUUUGACUGAGCCGCAGUUCCAAGUUAAGCAAAGUGCUGAAGAUAAACAAGAGGAGGCCUUAGAGGAGACACUGAAGGAACCGAAAGAGAAAGACAUAUCACUGACAGACAUUCAAGACCUGUCGAGUAUCUCCUGUGAACAAGACAGCUGUUUCAAGGAAACCUCAUGCAAAACACCCAAAUUAAAGCAUGCACCUACUAGUGUCAGUACUCCGCUCAGUCCAGGGUCAGUUUCUUCAGAUGCUAGUCACUAUGAAGACUGCCUCAACAGUACCACAUUUCAGGUUAAAAGAAGAUCUGCCUUUUGUUGGGAUGGUCAAGAAUCUAUGAGAAUUUUGUCUGCCGGAUUUACAACUGUCCGAGAGAGAGUACAGCGCCUGGAGUCUCUCCUGGCUUCUUCUAGGCCUCUACCUGCAAAACUGGUUGAUCCUAAAAAAUGGUCUGCGAUUAGUGGAGUUGGUUCUUCUAACAUUUCUGUGCCAUCUGUGACAUCAGCCCAUGCUAUCCAGAGGAAGCACCUGCCCAGAGUGGAAACCACCUGUCAGCAUCAUGUCAAUGAGCUUCCACCUCCAGCUCAGGAGCUCCUUGACAAAAUCGAGCAUCUGAAGCAACAGCAGAUUUCACCCAUGGUGUCACAGGAGAACACAGCACAUGGUCUGAGCGCCACUGAAAAUGAUAAAGUGAAUUUGGAAGAACAAGAAACCAACAGUAGUAAAGACAGCAGUUUUCUUUUCACCAAAGAAAUUCAGGAUCUGGAAGACACAGAGAGAGCUCAUUCUUCUCUUGAUGAGGACCUGGAAAGAUUGCUGCAGUCACCUGAGGAGAACAUGGCACUGCUGGACCCUUCCAAGGGCUCUACAAGGAUAAUUGUGCUGGAUCAGAGCAACUUGUCGGAGUGAUUGGAACUGGAUCGGAGGCAGUUCAGCCUGAGUUCAGGCGUUGUGGCUUGUGGCCUCUGUUCUUCUUUUGUCUGCAUCAGUUGCCUCGAGGACAAUGGUUC